UCUCUGCUGGACGCUGACGUGCUCUCCUCCUCCUCCUCCUCUUCCUCCUCCUCCUCCUCCUCCUCCUCCACCUCGAUCACUCCAUCCUGCACAGCCAGCCAGAGGUUACACCAGUCGGGAUUACGCUCGCAAAUAUGUGAUUUUCUUUUGUGUACAAAUACUAACAGGCUAGUUUAGGUUGUUUUGAGGUUGCGCGCGGCUAUCUAGUGUGUUGUCAAGGAGCAGUUAAGUGUGUCGUCAAGGAGCAGCUUAGUCGGUUGUCAAGGUUUCUGGUGGAGGUUGUCGGACGGGACAGCAGCGGAGCAUCGACUUGAGGUCCCCUGUGUGUGUACUCCUCUCUAUCCCAGCGAUAUGCUGCCCUGCCUGCGGAGAGUCCUGCAGCCCGCCCUCUCUCUGAGAGCCGGGUCUGGGUUGGCCACAGCCGGACUCAGCAAGCACCAAACGCCCGCCCCAUCCCGGUUCUCCUCGGAGCCUCCUCCUCCUCUCUCCAUGGUGGUGCAGCAGCGGUGUCACCUGGGCACACACCCGCAGAAGGACUCCGUGGAGCCCCUCGACUCUCCCAGAGGAGCCAAGGAUUUUAUUUAUACUCUGCAUCCGACUGAGAGGACCUGUCUGCUGCGGGAGCUGCACAGGUUCGAGUCCAUAGCCAUAGCUCAAGGCCAGCUGGAAGUCUCCCCACCUACUAAAGCAGAGUUAAGAUACAUUCUGCUGCACAAUGCAAUCCCUUUCGUCGGAUUUGGAUUCCUGGACAACUGCAUCAUGAUUGUUGCUGGCACACAGAUUGAGUUAUCCAUCGGCGUGGUCCUCGGCAUUUCAACCAUGGCCGCUGCUGCCCUUGGCAACCUAGUGUCUGAUCUGGCAGGACUAGGGCUGGCAGGUUAUGUGGAGGCCUUGGCGUAUCGGCUGGGAAUGCAGAUUCCUGACUUGAGCCCAAAACAGGCUGACAUGUGGCAGACCAGAGUCAGCUCUCACGCGGGCAAAGCCAUUGGUGUCGGCAUCGGCUGUAUCCUCGGCAUGUUUCCCCUUUUUUUCUUCAAGGACGAUGAUGAGAAGAAGAAGAAGAAGAAGAAAGAAGGCCAGUCGGAGGUGAAGGAGCAAACGCAACCACCACCUGCUCCAACAGAGAGCAGCAAAAACUGAAACCCUCAUCUCGCCGGGGCCAAAUACUAUUUGGAAUCCAUUAGAAUACUUUAACCUGGGACUGAUUCGCUUGUCUGGUGGACUGGAGUGUAUGGAAAUGUCUUUGAACCCGUUACAGUCUAAUCAGCGGGUACUUUAACUUUGCGAGGCCCAGUCAAACUAUCAGAGGUAUUCUGAAGAGGAUUUUAGAUAUUAUUUGAACUUAGACUUUGAACUUAAGCACAGGGACCCGACCGUCUCUCGAAGAGACAAGAAAUGGUUGAUUCAUUGGACUGCUGCUACUCCGUCUAUUGCACCGUAACCUCACUUUGUCUUGACUGACCGACAUGAGCUGAAACUCAUUUAUCUCAAACACACUGCAGUGGCCUCUUUCUCUCCUCUGCUGUUGAAAAUAUAACGUCUGACUCUAGAUGGUUAGAUGGCAGGUAUAGGGGUAAUUGAUAGUUUGAGGGCUCCCUAAAAUAUCACAGCAAACUUUGGAUCCAAUGCAAGAAAAAAAUCCUUUCAGAGCUCAUUCAGAAAAAACAUCAUACAUUGCAUUUUGACAUUGAAGGUUCCUCGUAUAUUGUCCUGAUAACUAAUGGAGGAUGACUGAACAAAGAGGCGUGCCGAUGGCUCUAUGCAGCAGUGUUAAACUAAUUCCUAAUCAGAUUUUAAUGGGUGAUGAGUCAAGGAAAGAGGGUCCCUUUGCAUAUAAAGAUGCACCCUUCCACAUCAAGUACAUUACUCUUCAUAGUGGGGCGGCAUAGUAAGCCUAUUGUUCAUUUUGUGAUAAAAGCACCGAAUUUGGUACAUAUAUAGCUUAAUCUAUUUAGAAGAAAUCUGGAUAUUUGGUCAUUGCAGAUUGGCAUUCUGAUGACCUUGGUAGCAAUUUUCCAAAAUGCUGCUGUUUCCAUGUUUUCAGCGCCACAAAUAUUAUUUACAUACAAGUUAAAGUGAAAAAUAUGUUUUAUUACAAUGUAAGGUAAUAAAAAUGUAACCACCCGCCUCUAUCUGAAGAGUUGGGUAUCUGGAGGUGCAAGGCAGGCAACCAGGGCGAAGCUGCUGCACUGCUUUUGGGUUAAGGUUCCAAAUGGCGGGCCAGGCCUGGUGGCACCGGACGAGAGCCCCAGCAAUCCACAAUAUCCACUUUUGUUCCCAAUAUAUCUAUCAACACAUCUGCCAAAUUCGGAGCUUUUAUCUUUUAUCACAAAAUGAACAAUUACCGCACCCACCAUCCGUUUUACAAGCAUGUCUGCCUUUUGAUGAUGUCAAAGUCUUAAAGAGUCCCGCCUGCCUGCCUCAUUCACACUCCAUGACAACCAGUCAGCUGCUUUUAGUGAGAACGCAGGCGGUUUAAUAUGUAACACCCGCUAGCUGCUUCUUAACCUCUUUGGAUUUUUAUGUUUUUUUUGUUGCCGCUGAACUUUAUAUUAAGUGCUGCACGAUGAUCACCCCAAAGCAGCAACAUGCACCAAAUGUCUCCCCUAUGUAUACUGAAUGUAACCAGGUAGGUGUAGGUCAACAACAUCUAACCUUUUAAAGAGCAGUUUGUUACUUUCCUCAGAGGAGGAGGAAAGAGAGAGCAGUACAGAGAGUCAGAGGGAGUAGCUGUGGCAGAAAGAUAAGAAAUACCAACACUGAACCACCUGAGACCUCUGUCCUAUUAGCACCAACCCUCCGGCUCCAAUAAUGUCUGAUUUAUCACCUCGCCAACCUGCAGCUCAACUACAACAUGCAUGGUAAGAUAGCAGCAGGACUCUAGUCCAGUUUAUAUGCGCGAGCUACAGUAAUAUAACUACAGCUCAGUGGAUAGGUGCAAUUGGACUUCACAGUAAAUGAGAUGAUUGCUGGGAAAAAGCUGUUGCUGCUUUUUAACACUAACACACAACUACAUAUUUUCCUAUAUGUAUAUUAUAUUGUUUCUGCUCUGCUGCCCUCUGCUGGCUGAAAUUCAGAACAAGAUGCUACUUUCUUUCAGUAUACAGUAAAUCAUCAGCUAUUUGCUUUUCCUGUUUAGUAUUCAAGCCCCUCAAUUUCUAGUUUCUCUGGCUAUAAUUGAUCACUUUAUCACCUAAUUAUUGUUCUUAGUCAUUGUUCUUAUUUUGAUAUGCAAACCAAGUAAUCUGCAGCAUCAGCCAGACAUGAAACAUGAAGGCAGAAAAGGGUCUAUUUUGGAUGAUAAGACACUACCAAGUCUUAACUCAGCUGUUACUGAUUUCCUAAUUCAUCAUUUGAAGCGUUGUGUUUGUCACCUGCUCGGCACAGGUUGCUCAUCAUCAUCAGCAGAGCUGAGGACUGUUGUUUUAUGGCGUUGAAUCUGUUUACAAGUUGAACUUAAAGGAAGCAGCCACGUGUCACUGAAAUGGAAUUUCCCUGCAGGAAAAAGGUAUUUAUUUUUGUUAUAAUAUUCAGACUUGUAUUCACGUAUGUUCUCACUGUAUAUUCUCUUUAUCUCAAAGGACAAUGUUAAGGAUAGAAAAUAUUUGUCGGCACAAAAACACCUUUGUUAGAAUAUUUUCAGCAGCAUUCUUCAAAAGGAAGAUCGUUCUGUAUUACAGUCCAUAACUAAACUGACUAAACAAGAGCUAUGUAUGUAGUUAUUUAUUAUGUGGGUAACGAUGAUAACAAUGAAGAAAAGAAUUGAACAUAUUUAUGUAGUUAGGAUUUUGGAUCUGAUUGCUUGAUUUCCACCCUGCAUGCACUGCUAAUAAAAAAAAAACCUAUUGUAUGUGUUUACUGUGUAAGAAUCAUAAAAACAAACUUGAGUAAGUUCUAAAAUGAUGCAUUACAGCAGGAUAUGAAUCACUGGAGGUGAUAAAAUAACAUGCAAAAGAUCAGAUUUUUGACUGUUGUGAUAAAAAUAUAUAUAUUUUAUGGCUGUCUAAACAGUCCUUAUUAGACAACCAGUGAUAAACAUAGAUCAAAAUAGGACUAGGUCUGUUUUUGUGUGGACUUGCAGAGGUUUUGCAGUGUGGAGAUUUGGACAGUGUGGAUCCUACAAGGAGCAGAAUGUGAUGAGAAAACUCUGCUUGAUGGGAGACGUGAUGAUAGCAAUAGUUUCCAGUAAUAGCAGCACUUUGCCUCCUUGCUUUGGAUCAUUAAAUUGCCUGUCUCAGUGCUUUAAGACUAUCUUUUGUGCAUAGUCAGUCAUGGUAAGAAAAUAUAAUCUCCGUGUCAAAAUACUGUAAUUUGGGGGCUAGUAUCUAGAUUCACUUUGCACUGCAUCACUGAAUUUGUUUGUGUUAUCGGGAGGAAAAUGAUAAAAUGAUGAAAGAUCUACAGUUCACUAAAAGCUCAGAGUUGAUACAUUAUCUUGAAUUUAAUCUUUGAUCAUGACUGAGCAACACAUUAAAUUAUUAUGAAUGA